AUGGGUUCUACUGACAACAAAUUGAUUCUAUAUAACAAUGACACAUGCACAUGGUCAAACCGAGCCAAAGUUGCACUCCUUGAGCUCGGCCUCGACUUUGAGGAACGCAUAAUCAACGUCGACGGGCCGCGCCCCGCCGAGUUCCUGGCCAUCAACCCGCGGGGUCUGGUGCCGGUGCUCGUGUUCAACGGCGACAUCAUUAUCGAGUCGGCCAUUGUGUGCCAGUUCCUGUGCGACGUGUAUCCCUCGCCGCUGUGCCCGCCGGCCGCGUCCGUCGAGGGUGCGCUCGGUCGUGCCCGCAUCGCCUUCUUCACCGACGCCUAUUGGACAAAGUUCCACACGGUGCUGUUUCGGCUGUUCGAGGCGGCCACCGAGGCCGACACGGAGCAGAUUGCCGUCGACGCCGUGGCCGGGCUCGUUCGCGAGGUUGAGCCGUUGCUGGUGGAUGCGCGUCCGUUCUUUGGCGGCAGCGAGAAACUUACCCUGGCAGAGGUUAUUACUGGGCCAUUCUUGAUUCGCGCCAUGGCCUUGUCGAGACACGGAGUGUACCCAACGAGUCUCGUGGAGCUGAUUGCCGAGAAGGCCCCCCAUUUUCACAAGUGGGCCACUGCUGUUUCUUCGCACCCUAGUCUGACCUCGGUAUUUGAUGAAAAUGUUAUUGUUGAGAGAUCAUGGAACAAGAGAGCUAGAAUGAGAAAGGCAGCUGGCCUCUCCGACUGGGUUAAGCCUUGA